AUGCCGCCGGGCCCAGACGACGACAGGCCGAGGCCCCGGCCGCCGCAGCCCCAGGGCUCGCACAGGGCUGCUGAGCCCGUCUACGGCUGCCGCUUCGACCCCUGGAACGCCGUGUCGCUGGGCCACCAGCGCGCCGAGACGGCCGGGCCCCUGGGCUGGCGCGACAGCCGCGCCGCCAAGCUGCGCUCCCAGUUCCGCGCCGGCCACGGCGGCGGCGAGCCCAUCUCGGACACGGUCGGCGCCGGCAGCAGGGACUUUGAUGACCCGCGGAUAGGCGCCCUUGUGCCAGACGAGGUGCGCGCCCGCGUCGCCACCAGCGUCCUCGGCAUGCUGCGCGGCUCCACUGCCAAGGACGGGCAGCAGCAGCUCAAACGCCGCCGGCCCGGCUUGGUAGCACCGCCCAGAGCUUCUUCUGCCGCUGCGGUACCAAGGUUGCCACAACCACCAUCAUUAUCAACAUCAGUAUCAGCACCGGAACCAGCAUCGUCAUCAGCAAGCACAGAGCGCGCCGCGCCCCAGAGGAUAAGCAGCAACAGCAGCAGCAAAACGGUAUCCGAUCCCUUCGGCUACGGUGUUCAGUCCGCGCCGCCAUCGCCGUCCCGCGCCCGCGCCGCCACGGCCGAGGAGGCGCUGGCGGCGCAGCGCAGGGCCGAGGACGAGGCGUGCGAGCAGGACAUGGGGCGGGACAGGCGGGGCAGGCCCCGGGGCAUCUUUGACGGCCUGGUCGUCUACGUCAACGGGAGCGCGCACCCGCACACCUCGGACCACAGGCUCAAGCGCGUGCUGGCCGAGAACGGCGCGCGCAUGACGGUCCACCUGGGCCGUCGCCAGGUCACCCACGUCAUACUCGGCCACCCCGCCUCGGCCUCGCCGGCCGCGGCUGUCGGUGCCGGCCGCGGCCUCGCCGGCGGCAAGCUGGAGAGGGAGAUUCUGCGCACCAGGGGCUGCGGGAUAAAGUACGUCGACGUUCAUUGGGUGCUGGAAAGUGUCAAAGCGGGGCGACGGCUACCCGAGGCAGGCUUCUCAAGCCUCAAGAUUGCUCCGAGUGGCCAGCAGAGCGUCUACGGCGCCUUCUCCAGGGCCGCCACCCGUCCGGCGCCCGCUGCUGCCGUCACCACCAAGGGCGACACAAGAACCCACAACGGCAGCUAG